AUGGGCUUAGAGACAAAGAUCAAUAAAUCAGCCAAGUCGCUGACUGGCUUCAAUGGCGCAACAAUGGUUACCUUAGGCACAAUAGAGCUCGACGUCUACGCCCCACCUGUAAUCAGUUCGCAAACGUUCAUGGUCGUUGAUGAAGUCUCACCCUAUAAUGGCAUUCUAGGUAGACCAUGGAUCGACAAUAUCAACGCCAUCACCUUCGCCACACAUCAGAAGAUCCGCUACCCAAUCCCUAGGGGCGGUAUCUGCCAGAUUAACAGCGACCAGGCAAUGGCGAGGAAAUGCUCAACUCGAAGGUUGAAGAGAAGCAAGCAAACACAGUUCCUCUCUGUGAAUCAGGUAGAUCUAAGGGGAGUAGAACAAACAGAGGAGAAAGCAGAUCCCGAUCAAGUCGAGGGAAUCCGUCCGGAGGUCUCUCCUGAAAAAGGAUGGAAGCCCAAUGAGGACGUUGAGUUAGUACCCUUUGAUCCUGACAAGCCAGAGAGAAAAGUGUGGAUCGGCUCGGGCCUAAGCCAGAAGGAAAAGGCAGAGUUUGCAGCCUUCCUCUGGAACAACAAAGACGUAUUUGCAUGGUUGCCAUCCGACAUUCCUGGCAUCGAUCCCCAGAUUAUCUGUCAUUGCCUACACGUCAACCCAGCUAUCAGGCCUGUAGCGCAGAAGAGACGUAACUUCGCCCCCGAGCGGGUUCCCAUCAUUGAAGCCGAGAUCGACAAGCUUCUAGCUGCCGGUUUCAUUUAA